AUGGGAGAUAUUAUACAAGAGCUACAACAAAAGCUUCUUAUCUGUCAAGAUGAUGCAGAACUACUUUCGGCAAAAUUUGAUGGGGUGCAACUUGCCAUUUUCAGAGACACAAAAAAUAAUGUUAGCUGUGAUCCUUGUGGGAGGAGAUAUGUAGACGUUGUCAAAGAAUUUGCAACAACAUUAAAUUACUACUCACCAAAAGCAUACGAAUAUGUAAGGUCAAUAAUUCCAUUACCACAUCCGUCACUUAUUAGAAAGUGGUCAAGUGUUGUUGAGUGCAAUCCAGGAUUCUUUAAAGAGUCAUUUGAAUCCCUAAAAAAGGAAGCAUUGCUCAGUCCUGAAAAGAAAGACUGUUGUCUCAUAAUUGAUGGGAUGGCAAUUAGGAAGCAAACUCUAUGGGACUCUAAAAAUGAUAAGUAUGUGGGGUUUGUAGACUACGGACAUAUACCUACCAGUAAACCAGAUCAAUAUGCAUCAGAAGCACUAGUAUUUGUUCUUGUGGGGGCCAGAAGUAAUUGGAAAUGUCCUAUUGGAUAUUUUCUCACUGACAAAAUGACUGGAAAAAUGCAAGCCAAGUUGGUUCAGGAAGCACUCAUUAUGGCAGCUGAAGCUGGAUUACGUGUCUAUUCUGUAACAGCAGAUGGUACUUCUGUCAAUUUCACCAUGUUCAGUGAACUUGGCUGCAAGUUUACAACAUCAUAUGAAAGCAUGAUUACCAAGUUUAAACACCCUACUCAAAACUACUUCGUAUAUGCAAUUUUGGACCCAUGUUACAUGCUUAAAUUGGCAAGGAAUGCUUUGGGUCACUUAGGCUCUAUUGUUGACUGUGAAAACAAUAUUAUUACAUGGAAAUUAUUUUCAUCACUCAAUAAAAUCCAAGAAUGUGAAGGUUUCCAAUUAGCAAACAAGUUUUCAUCAAGACAUCUCCAGUUUUUGAAGCACAAAAUGAAUGUCCAACUAGCAGCUCAAACCCUUAGCUCAUCUGUAGCAGAUGCUAUUGAAUUUUUAGAUAAAUCAUUGAAACUUAAAGAAUUUCAAAACUCAAUCGGCACUGUUAAAUUUAUCAGAAUAGUGGAUAGAUUAUUUGACAUUCUAAACUCUCGAAACCCAAUUGCAAAAGGAUUUAAACAACCACUGCGUCCUCAAUCGAGAAAUACAUGGGAAGAAAUCUUGAAGCAUAUAUUCUGCUGA